ACAAAAACAAAAACUAACGGAAAGAACACAAGAAAACAAAGCAAUCGCGGCUUUCCACCGGUAAAAACCGAUAGAAGCCCCUCAAAAAUUACCAAUGGAAACUUAUUCGAACUUAACAAAACUUAUCUUAAUUUAUUUUAUCUGAAAUAAAUUUAUUUGUGUGUGAAAAUGUCUUAAAAAAAACUUAUUUUUUCAAACUUAUAUUAUCUGAAACUUGAGUAAACUUAUUUUAACUCAUUUUGUUUGAAAUAAGUAAAAAUAAGUCGAAUAAAAAAACCUUAAGCGAUACAGUUACGAUUCACGUAAAUGUCAAACCAAACUUCAAUUACCUCACCGAAACGAGUUACGUGAUCGUUAACCAUCCACGAACACCGUAGAUGAUGAACACAUCUCUACUCCGUAUUUCAACAAAGAAUACCAAUCCUUAACCACCACCACCACCACCACCACCACCACCCCUUAUCCCCAACAAAUGCCUAAACCAUCAUUCACGUUCCCGCCAAAACCAUCAACCGUCAAACAUCUCGCUCACUCGUCUUCAUCUUCUCUCUCCCCAUCAAACUCACCUCCUCUCUCUCUCCUCGCCGACAAAUGCUCGUCAAUGCAUCAACUCAAACAAGUCCACGCCCAGAUGAUCACUUCUGCUCGCAUUCACGAUACUUACGCCGCAAGCCGCUUGCUCUCCUUCUGCGCCGUCUCGAAUGCGGGUGAUAUAGAUUACGCUGUAAAGCUAUUUAAUUACACACUAGAACCCAAUAAUUUCAUGUACAAUACAUUGAUCAGAGCCCAAGCCAGUACUGCAAAACCCUCAAAUGCUCUGUUAUUGUAUGUGAAAAUGAGAAGGAUGGGUGUUUUGCCGGGAAAGCAUACUUUUCCUUUUCUUUUGAAGGCGUGUUCGAAUAUGCAAUCACUAAAUGGGUGUAAACAGGUUCAUAUACAUGUGAUUAAAACUGGGUUGGAUUUGGAUUUACAUGCUGUUAAUGGGUUAGUUAGGGGGUAUAGUGUUUCCGGGAGUUUAGCCGAUGCACGCCAAGUGUUUGACGAAAUUCCUGAGAGAAAUUUGAGCAUUUGGACGAGUAUGAUUUGUGGGUAUGCACAGAACGAUAUUUCAGAUGAGGCUUUGUUUCUGUUUAAUGAGAUGGUUAAUCAGGGGCUCGAGCCGAAUGGAGCGACUUUGGCUUCUGUGUUAUCGGCUUGUGCUCAGGAAGGGUGUUUGGUGAUAGGGGAAAGGAUUGAAAAGUUUCUGAGAGAGAAGAAAGGUGCUGAAAUGGGGGUGAUUCUUGGGACUGCAUUAGUUCACAUGUAUGCAAAGAAUGGAGCUUUGAGUAAGGCCAGAGAAGUAUUUGACAGUAUGCAAGAAAAGAAUGUUGCAACUUGGAAUUCAAUGAUUCAUGGAUUGGCUGUUCAUGGGUAUUCAGAAGAAGCACUUGUGCUUUUCCGAAAGCUUGAAAUCGAAGGAAUCGUGCCUAAUGGGAUUACAUUCGUGGCAGUGUUAUCUGCAUGCUGCCAUGGGGGCUUCCUUGAAGAAGGUCGCAAGUUUUUCCGUUCAAUGAAACAAGAUUACAACAUUGAGCCUAAACUAGAGCACUUUGGAUGCAUGGUUGAUCUUCUAGGUCGAGGGGGGAAAUUAUUGGAGGCAGAGAAAUUGAUACGAGAUAUGAAAUGGAAAGCGGAUGUGAUGAUUUGGGGAGCUUUGUUGAGCGCUUGUAGGAAAUGUGCCAACAUCGAGGUUGCUGAAAGAAUAGUGGAUGAGAUAUUAGCUUUGGAACCUUAUAAUCAUGGAGUUCGUGUUGGUUUGUCGAAUAUGUAUGCAGAGGCUGAGCGGUGGGAAGAUGCCUCGAGUCUAAGAAAGGUUAUGAAAGAAGGAAACUUGAAGAAAGUACCUGGUUGGAGUUCAGUGGAUGCUGAAGGUUAAGGUACCUGGGAGUUUUAUUAUACACAAAUUUUGAAUCAUCAGUGAAUCAUUGUCGAUUACUCACUUCACUUGUGAGUUCUGACAAUUUCAAAAGUCUAACAAAAGGAUGGCAAAUUUC